GCUGAAGCUAUCCUGGCUCGAGCAGCCCCGCGUCCGCUGCGCGCGCGCGGGGGGGGAGGCGCCUGGGCGGCGAUGGAGGCGCCGCCGGCGCGCGCCACCGCCGCGGCAGCGGCCCCGCGGGUGCGGCCGGGCAUCCCGCCAGGAGGCUUCAGAAAGUCGCCAGCCGCCGGGCCGCUGCCGCGGCGGCGCGCAGUUGCCACCUCCCGCCAGGGGUGCCCUGAACAGGAACCACCGAGGCUGCCUCGCGUCAGCCCUUGGCUGCGGCAGCAGGGGCGGCCGCUGGCUGGCGCCUUGCGGCACGACGUAGGCGCUGGCAGCACGCGCGGGCCACGGCGGCACGAGCGACGGCGCUGGAGACGCAGACGCUGGCGGCGGGAGCGCGGCUGCUGCAGGACGCGGUCGAGGCGUCGCAAAGCGGGGGCCGGAUCACCGACUUCAGGGAGGUUUCCCAGGAGAAGAACCGCCAGUCGUACGUCUCGCAGCAGAGCAGCGCGACGGGCGAUGAGGAUCCGAACGCGGUAGACGAAGAUGGGCUCCCCCUCGUGUAUUCUGUUGACCGCAUUGCCAAGUUCUGGGACACGAGACCUGGGGAGCUCUCCGAGCGGUGGGCUCGCUUCCUGCAGAUAUCGACCCCUUUCAUCACGAAAUUCUUCUACACGCUCCUCCAGAAUAAGCUGUGGGAGAAUGAGAGGGAGCUCGCGAAACAGGCCGUGGACAACCUGACGGAACUAGGCCCCACGUUUGUGAAGCUGGGGCAGGUGCUGUCCAUCAGGCCCGAUGUUCUCCCGCAGGUCACCAUGGAGGAGCUCUCCAGGCUGCAGGGUGAGGUAAAGGCCUUCUCUACGGCAGAGGCCCGCGCGAUGGUGGAGAAGGAGCUCGGGAAACCGAUCGACGAGCUCUUCAGCUCCUUCAGCGAGAAGCCGGUGGCUGCCGCAUCUCUUGCGCAGGAUCGGUGUACAAGGCAACAUUGCGUGAGACGGGCGAGGACGUGGCCGUGAAGGUUCAGAGGCCAGGCGGUUUGUCGACGGUCUCUAAGGACCUCUACGUCCUCAGGCGGCUGGCUGACAUCUCGCAACCUCUGAUCAGGCGCUUCACUUCCGAUGAGACAGACUACAUUGCCUUAACAGAAACUUUUGCAGAGGGUCUGUACACUGAGCUCGACUUCCGCAAUGAGGCGCUGAACGCUAUCCGGAUGGAGGAGUUGAUGCAGCAGAGUGUCCCCGAGCACAUUUGGAGCAGGGUGAUCAUUCCGGAGCCUUUGUUGGAGCACACCACCCGCAGGGUCAUGCUCUCGAAGUGGGUGAAUGCUGUGAAGCUUAACACCUUGUCCCAAGCGGAGAUCAAGGAGUACAUCGACCUUGGGCAAGAGGUCUUCCUCACCCAGCUACUGGAAAUCGGCUUCUUUCAUGGGGAUCCUCACCCUGGAAACUUGCUGAAAGUUACGGAGGGACCAGACGAGGGCAAGCUUUGCUUGCUCGACUUCGGGCUCGUGGCGCAGGUGCCACCUGCGGACCGCGAGACGAUCGUGUCCGCGGUGGUCCACCUCGGCACACAGAAUUGGGACGCCUUCAUCGACGACUUUAUAAAGCUCGGUUUCCUCAGCGAGGAUACCGACAAGCUGGACCUGGCCCCCCUCCUGCAACGUGUGCUCGGGCCGUACCUCAGAGGCGGCGGCGCCAGCGCGUACAAGGAUGCCAAUUUCCAGGCUCUCACGCAGGAUUUAUUGAAGAUUAACACCGAGGUCAAAUUCUCCAUCCCACCGUACGUCUCGCUGCUAGCACGCUCCGUGGCCACCCUGGAAGGCAUUGCCUUGAGAGGCGAUCCUGGCUACCAGCUGGUGGCGCAGGCGUACCCUUUCGUGGUCCGGAAGUUGCUCAGGAACGAGUAGCCGGAGCUCCUUCGCGGCCCUCCGCGAGCUGCUGUACGACCCCUCCACGGAGCGCCUGCGGCCUCAGCGACUGGCCACCAUGUUGCAGGCCUCGCUGGGCGUGGUCGCGGACACGGAGACGCGGAAGGGCUUCAUCGACUUCGACACCGCGCCCGACGAGGGAGCCCCCCUAGUGGAGGUCCUGCGCUUCCUCCUGUCCAGGCAGGCCUCCAACCUGCGGCCGCUCCUGAGCGCGGAGCUGUCGUACGGCCUUGACCUGGCAUUCCGCCGCGGCGGGCGCCGCCUGCGCGACGCUUUGCGCCGGCUGCUGCAGCCCCCGCGGCUGCCCCUGAUCGGGCUGCAGCUGCCGGCGCUGCCGGCGCCGCCGCUGGUGGUGCCGCUGCCCCCCCGCGACGGUGCAGGCGCGGAUCCAACAGCCCCAGGCACAGGCGUGGGCCUGCCCCGGCUGGCCACGGCCGACCAGGUCCUGGAGGCAAUCCUGCCGCCGCUCAGGCCAGGACGACGUGGACCUCGACACCUUCUCCGGGGCCGUGCGGAGCGCGCUGCUGGGUGGCGAAGCGCCGCCGUCCGAGGAUCGGACUUUCCGCUGCCCUCUCCCCAAGCGGUGCUGGCCACAAUCUCGGCGCUGGGCGGACGUGGCAGCGAGGGCGCGCCAGAGUUCGUGACAGCGCUGCGCGAGAUGCUCGCAAGCGGGGACACGCGCUCGGCGCUGACUGAUGAGGUCCUUGCGGCCGUGGCGAAAGACCUUCUGAGUACUUGGCGCGCCAGGCUGGACGCAGCCGAGCUGUAGGGCUGGCCGCUGGCUGAUGGCCAAUCUGCCUGGCCCGCGCCGGCCGUGGCAGGGCGCGGCUACGCACCUGGCCGUACCACCGCCCCUUUCGUAGAUUUUACCGUGUGUGCGCCAGGCGCUGCGGCGCAGCGGCUUUAAAGGAGGGAUGAGGGACGCGGGAGGCGGGGAGUAAUGAGGAGGAUGAAUGAGGUUGUUUCGCUCGUGUGUUGUUGUUCUUGUCAUUUUCCCAGUGUGUGUAUGUGUUUUUCGGGCGGGUGCCCCGGUUUUCUGUCUGGGCGGCGCUGCCGCUGGCGCCGAUGGGAGCCAUAGUCCUGACCAGAGACAUGUACGAGCAGGAUUUUUCGCGUGCGGCAUCUGCCCUCAAGACAGGGCCAAUGUUUUUUCUCCAAUGGUCUCCGUUCACGCCUUCAAGUUGGCAUACGUCAUUUGGAGAGCGGUUUUGCCCAGGUAGCCGUUGCGAUAGGGGAGUUCGGGAGUUCGGCAUUGCGCUGUCCGCAGCUCCGCAGUCGCUCCUCCACCACAGUGUCCGUCUCCUCCGUAUCCUGCUGGUGCUGCUUCUUCUCGAUCUCCGG